UUACUCCAUCACUCCCCACUCCUCGUUAUAUCGACCACCAUGCCAGUUCCAUUCGAGGCCUUGAUUCCCCUUGGUUUGAUCACCGGAUUCUUUGGUGUUUCCGGUCUUCUCUUCCAGAAGCUCAAAGUCAGCGUGAACGAGGGACAGCCCCCAAGAUACGGCAAUGACCGCUGGGACAGAGUUAUGAUGGAUCGCGACUACCGCCUCACAGGCACGCAACGUGGACAAGCGCAUAAAGAGACUGCACCUGCUGGAUUCUCGACUAACAGUGCCUGGGAUUUGGAGAAGGAGCAUCUGUAAUACGAAACCUGACGCUACGAGAAAGACACUACGACGGCGACAGAUAUCAAUUAGAAACCAUUAACAUCGAGAAGAAUGGUGUCCUGUAAUUGAAUGACACAGCCUGUUGUUAAAUUGCAAGAUUUUGACAAUAAAUAAAAGACGAUCAAUAGAAACACUGGUUCAGACUGUUGUCUCUUGAUCUGGUCGCUUUGUCGAUCGACCUGUAUCCAGC